AUUGUUAACUGAUUUUAUCAUAAAAAUAUAGUGGCUAACAAUAACCAUGAGAUGAUGACUCUUACUAUAUAAACAAAACAUUAUUACAUUUAGAAGCAGAAAAGCUAAUUGUUCAAUAAUAUCAAUACGUAACUACUACUACUAUUCUAAACAUGGAAAUCAGUCGGAGUAAUGUUGGUGGCGGCAGCAAUGACGGCCCUCUGUUCGACAGUUUUAGGACGGAACUGCUGUCUCCGGCUGCUCAGGCGGUGGUUGAUCAGAUUCAGUCAUCAUCUUCGGCGUCAUGGAGGCUUAACGUUAGCGAAUUUCAUCUUCCAGAACAACGACGCUCCUCCGAUCAUCACUCCUUUAGUGUCCGUCGUCUCCUUCCCACUCCCAGGAAACAGGGUAAAAUUGCGGAAUAUUACAAAAGGCAAGAAAGGCUUGUGGAAGGGUUCAAUGAGAUGGAUACCAUUAAUGAAUCUGGUUGCUUACCUGCAAGUCUAACUGAGGACGAAAUGAAGCAGCUUGCUAAGAGUGAAAGGAUGGCUAUUCAUUUAUCAAACAUGGCUAAUGUAAUCCUUUUCAUCGCAAAAAUAUAUGCAUCUGUUCAGAGCAAAUCAUUGGCUGUUAUAGCAUCGACGUUGGAUUCUCUCUUAGACCUCUUAUCCGGGUUUAUUCUGUGGUUUACUUCUCAUGCCAUGAAAAAUCCAAAUCAGUAUCACUAUCCUAUUGGGAAAAAAAGGAUGCAGCCUGUGGGUAUUAUUGUUUUUGCAUCUGUAAUGGCAACACUAGGAUUACAAAUACUGUUCGAGUCUGCAAAAGAACUCAUAAAUCAGUCUCGCCCUGAGAUGGACCACGAGAAGGAAAAAUGGACGAUUGGGAUUAUGGUCUCGGUCACAGUAGUCAAGUUUCUGCUUAUGGUCUACUGUCGAAGGUUCAAAAAUGAAAUCGUAAGAGCUUAUGCCCAAGACCAUUUCUUUGAUGUCAUAACCAACUCAGUUGGAUUAGUGACUGCUGUCUUAGCAGUCCGAUUCUACUGGUGGAUCGAUCCUACAGGAGCUAUCAUAAUAGCUGUGUACACAAUAAGCACGUGGGCGAGGACAGUAGCAGAAAAUGUCGGGUCACUCAUAGGAAGAACAGCUCCACCAGACUUUCUUACGAAAUUAACCUAUCUUAUAUGGAAUCAUCAUGAAGAGAUCAAGCACAUUGACACGGUUAGAGCAUAUACUUUUGGCGUAAAUUACUUUGUGGAAGUUGAUAUAGUGUUGCCAGAGGACAUGUUUUUGAAUCAGGCACAUAAUAUUGGUGAAACACUGCAAGAAAAACUGGAGCAACUCCCUGAAGUAGAGCGUGCUUUUGUCCAUAUAGACUUCGAGUUUACUCACAGGCCAGAACACAAAAUCACAGUGUAAUGACAUACAUACUAGUUGCAUUAAGUACCCUUACUCAAAAUAAUAUUCAUGUUGAGUUGAAUC